AUGGACGGACCUGGUGAUGAACGAGGCUUGUCCCGGCGGGGCACCGAGCGUCAAGCCAGCCUUCAACUUGGUCGACCAAACCGCUCGAUGGAGAAUGUCGCCGAAGACCCGGCACUGGAGAUUGCAAUGGCAAGAUCUCGCCUUCGGUCAAUUGCUGCUCCCAAGCAACAACCUGCCCAAAAAGGGCUAGGGACGUCACGUAGCCGGCCGCUCACCAUGGACGAGCUGAACACUAUGCUGGACGACGCCAUCAAGAGCAACUCUCCCAAACCUGAAGUGUCUUCCGACGAACAGGGCGCCAACCUUGCCCCGAAGCCUGGGUUUGUCCUUCGUCGAGCUUCCACUCGCCAGGACCGCCGUCGCUCGCAAUCUCGGGCUCGCGUUUCUCGGAGGACCACCGAAUCUGUCGAGCCACGCACCAGCGACGAGUCUACAAGAGUCCGCUACGACGGAGAUGAGGGAGCACGAACCCAGGAAGAUGCUGCACGCCGAGACACUCUCAAGUCUACAUCUCCUGCUGCUCCAAGACUGAAACCGGUUGCGACCCCGGUCACGGAACUAAGCCCAGUCAAACAACGAGCUGCCAUCUUCGAAAGUCUAACCAAGAAAGCAGAACCAUCAGGUCAUGACUCCAUCUGUCGCCAUUUUGGCCACGACCAUGAUCCGACACAUGACCAUACUCAUCACCAUGCUGGACCCACCCGCAAAGAGCCAAAGAAGGUCCACCGGAUCAAGUUUGGAGACAGAAUCGAGGAGAGACCCGCCACGCCCUUGAUACCCUUGAAUCUACCCGCGAUGGUAACGAAAGAGAAGACUACUCGACCGCUGCCUCCACCCGAACGGGAGGAAGAAUUUCAGCCUCCCCUCGAUCCGCCAGCGGAAGAGCCCAACCAGGACGAUGUGUUCAAAGAGGAAGCUCAAGAUCGGAAACCUUCACUGACCUGGCCUUUCAAAUGGGGGCUUUUCAGCAAGGGGGCGUCCGCACCACCCCAAGAGAGUGAACCCUCUACUCCGGCUGUGGUCGAGCCCAAGGACCAACACUAUCCGACAACGCGGCCAAGCGUGGUUCGAAGCAAAGUCCAACAGAUUCUACAGGCCGUGGAGCAAAAGGAUGAUGCAGAGCAGCGACGUCGAGAGGCAGAAAGAGAACGUAUUACGCGCAGAAACAGUCGUGCUGCACCCCCGUCUCGACGACAGACUGUCGUAAAGCGUGUUGAACCCAAGCAAGAGGUGACCACUGAGCCAGCAACAAUGGAGACUCCGCAAAGGGAACAACUUCAGGGUCUCAAAGCUGCAGCGGGGCCCGACACAAAGACGAAGACUCCUCUUCAGAACGCCAUGUCGGAGAAGCAGGUAUUGGCACCUCCUGUCCGCGCCGAACAGGACAGCGACUCAGCUGCCAGUCCACCAAAAUCCCUCCCUCAAACUCCGGUCCGGGGAAGACCAAGUCUUGCGUACCAAACACCGGAGCAGAAGCACUCGGUGGAGCGACAAUUCAACCUCAGCCCAACCCGCAGCGCUUCGAAGCAUCGCCAGGGUGUCAAGGUUGAAGUCGAGAUCCGUGACAGUCCGGAACGGGAGGCCAGGGAGAGAGGAGAAAAGAUUGUCAUCAUCAGAGCGGGUGUGGGCUCGGACAUGGAUGAGGGCACAUGA